AUGGCAAACCGCGAAUCCCUUCUCAACUCGGGCACGGGAAAUGCGCCGAUCUCUGUUUCUGGCCCGCAGUCAGGCCAAAGGACUGUUGCUGCUGUCGUCAGGUUGCUAGAUGGUAAGCCCCAGAUCCUGGGUUGUCCUGACGACCCUGACAUCACCUCUUACUAUGGGUCAUCUUACCGUCUCUCCACUCUGCCGUUGUCGCGCCGAGGACAACGAGGCAGCCCCAAGGCUAACGGCCAACAGACGGUGAGAUGGUACCUGGCCAUGGAAGUGACGGCUUGGGGUACCACGGGGACUCACAACGGCCUGAAGGAGCCAUAUCGUGCCAGCUACUAG